AUGCCGUCGUCAACCUGGGUUGUAGGAAAAAUUAGCGACGGAGAAUCAUGUCGUGCCAAGUUCCAGCGGGGCCUAGCUGCCCCCCACGUUCCAACCUCCCGUCCCUGUGGGCAGGCAGUGUGGCUUCCGACGCAUCUCGUAUUGCUAUUUUUGCUGUUUGAUGUCAAAAACCAUGCCGUCCGUGCCAGUGAUCGUCAUGGUGUUGCGUUCGUGAUGGCGGUGUUAAAGCCGAUGCUAGGGUCUGUUUAA